CUGCUGCAUUGGCCUCUCUGCUGCCCAUGCAAUGCAUUGCGGGAUACUGGAAGACCUCCAGAGCCCUCAUGCAGCCAGCUCCGCCGCACCUAUCGUGUGGCAACGUGGCGCAGCGGAGCACCGAUUCAUGUGGGCCAAGGACUGUCAGCAUGUCAGGUGGUGGAAGCAGCUCAGAGUUCCAGACAGUGGACAUGCAAAAGGAGGAGGAAGAGAAGAACCCGGGAGGGGACCAUUCCGGCCGGGGAAGCUCUCCAGAAACGCAGCCAAGGACACCUCCGGCCUUUGCCUCCAAGUCCAUUCUCUACCCCCGGCCGUACGCUGACCCAUGCAAUGCAAGGAGGUAUUUCGUCACAAGGUCAGGAGCAUUUGACCAAGCCAUGGAUGAUCUGAAGACCCACGUGGUGGAGAGCAUGGGAGAAUUUGCACACAGCUUCUGGCUGCUGACUGAGAUUGAUCACUGGAACAACGAGAAGGAGCGCGUCAUGGUGAUCACAGACUCCGCCCUCCUGGUCUGCAAAUACGACUUCAUUAUGUUGAAGUGCAUCGAGCUGAAGAAGGUUCCUCUGAGCUGCAUCGAGCGGGUCUGCCUGGGUCCCUUCACAUUCCCGGAGAGGUCUUUGGACAGACGGGAAGGAGAAGGCCUGCGGAUCUUCUGGGACAAAGUGCAAGAACCGACUUUCCUGUCCCGCUGGAACCCCUGGGCCACCGACGUGCCGUAUGCGACAUUCACGGAACACCCGGUGAAAAGCAGCAGCCAGAGGUUUGGCGCCAUCUGCCAGAUGUCCACAUUCUCCACUCAGUUGGUGCAAGCCAUUCAAAAUGUCCAGAGAAAUGACCCUGCAUCCAGCAGCAGAACCGGCGGAGUUGUGGUGGUGAACGAGCCCAUCCUCAUCGACACCUACACCGGGCUGAUGUCUUUCAUUGGGAACCGGAACAAGCUGGGUUAUUCCCUCGCUCGGGGGAGUGUGGGCUUCUGAAGCAGGCCAAGUUGGGGAUUUUUCUUUUGUGGUCUCUCUCAUGAAAUGUUGCUGAACAGGAUGGGGAUGCCCUCACACCUGGGGAUGCGCCACCACUCUUGCAAAAGCGCCUUCCGUUUUCCCAAGCCUGAUUCCUUCUGACUCUCUCAGGGAGUUCUGUUUCCCUGUGCUUCUGGAAAUGAAUGGCAAUUGUGGAGGAGCAUGCCAGCCGCCGUUCCUUUUGAGGAGCCUUGUGCCAGACCACUUCCCAGGGGGCAGCACUCUGCAUCUGGAAUUCUGAACCUAUCCCUUUUCAGCAAAGUUCUUUUCCUUCACUAUCUUAGACCUGCCACUACUUCAGUAUAUUAAAGAGAGUCUGCAUCAGUUUAUACAGUCAGCAGAAUCAAGUGGGAAAGCAUUUCCUGGACUGCACCACUUCUCCCUGCAGUUGUUAAUGGGACUGCCUGUUUAAAUCUUUUCCUGCAUAGUUGCAUGUAAGAGAGAACCUCUCAUAUGCAUUAAAAAAGGGGGAGGUGUUAUCCUCAACAGCCUGAAGUGGUAGAAAGGUCUGGGGAAAGAUUGGUAAUGGGGCAAACUCCCCAUUCAGGCUUGGAAUAAGGCUUGGGAAAACAAGAAUUUUCCCGCAAAAGUUGGAAAAUAGCUCUCUUCACCCCAAGGCUAAUUCUAUGCCAGAUUGGAUCCCAUCAUGUCCACUAGGGGUGUGCACAAAACACCUUUUGCAUUCCAAGCUUGGGACAGAAUGCAAAAUGCAUGGAACGUUCCAUUGGAACAACCAGUAGUGCCAGUUGUUCCACUGGAACAACCCCUUUCCAUCAGAAUAUUCCAACCCAUUCCGAGCGUCAUUUUGGAUUCUAAAAUGGCACUCUUCUGGCCUCUGCGCAUGUAUGUUGGCCGGAAGAGCACCAUUUUGGAAUCUAAAAUGGUGCUCAGAACAGGUCAGAAUGUUCCACCUUGGACUGGGUCAUUCUGAGCUCAAAACAAUUCCCCCUUUUAAGGGUUCUGAGCCCAGAAUGCUCAAAACGGUCCAUUUCGAGGUGGAACAUUCCAGCCACAAAACGAUCUGCACAUCCCUGAUGUGCACCAUGAUGUCGUGCUGGGGGCCUUUCCCUCCUUUAACUCCACCUAUGAGCCUCCUGAACCCUUCCUCCUACCUCCCUGCCCAUCUGCCUCCCGCUCUCCAAACACACUCCCAUCCCAUCCACUCAAAGGCCUUUUUGUCUUGGUGUGCAGCAGUGGCAGUGGUGGGGAGCUGAGAAGGGGGAUGAGCAGCACUACCAGCACCUCUGGCCAAAAGCUAUUGUGGUGUGCCAGGCCCCAAUAUGGGGGAGAGAAAGGCCUCUUUCCCUCCUGUUGCCCUCUUCUGCACCCUUUCCAGUUCUGCAAUGUCCUUUUUGAGGAUUAGGCUUAGGGGGCAGUAAGUGGGCAGGUGCGAGGGAGGGCAUCAGGGAUGCCAAGAACCCGACUUCUCUCGCUCAGCCAGAGAAAAACUUCCAUGGCUGUUAUGCUUGCUUUACAUGUGGGAGGUGAAUAUGAUCAGCCACCAACAUUUGGAUUUCUGAGUCAGGAAAUGCUGAAAUACUCAAAACGAUUUGCUGCUUGAUUCUGCUGAUGGUCUAGAGCCAGACACCUGUUUGGGGACACUAAAUUCAGGAACAAUGCUAGAAAUGACUGAACAGGCUGGAUUCGGCAACCACAAUCUUCAAAAUACUGAAAAUGCUAAAUUUGGCAACCAUUCACUUAAUUCUGCUGUGUGGGGGGCAUCUCCACAGGGGCAUUACUUCAGUUGCUCAAAUUGUUCAUGCAGUUUAACUUCCUGUGCUCACUGAAAGGGGAAAGCGAUGGCAGAAACACAGACUUCUUCUUUUUGAAAAACAAGGAGACUGCAUCACCUGACUCCUGAGUCCCUGUUCAUGUUAGAAAACGGGUGAUUGACUUGGCCAGUAGAGAAGGGGGAAGCUUGAGGGCCAGGAUUCGGGCAGGGCCAUGGUAUUGGAAGUACGGAGGCCGCGUGGAGGUGUGGUAGGGCACACCUCACACAGUGCACAUGGAGAAAAGAUGCUCUGUGAUAGAUGCAAGAGAAUUAAAACUUGCAAUCUGAGAUUCAGUGAGCUGCACAACAGCCUCCCCUCUGGGAUAUCUUUUAAAGAAAAUAUUAUUAAGAAGAAAAAGUGGGGAAACUUAUACUUCUUGAAAGGCAGGCAUUUACUAUUGCAAAUAAGAUGCCAAAAGGAGUAGGAGGAAGAAACUAAAAAGAGAAAAUCCAAAAAAAGUAAAAUCAAGCAGUAUAUUUUUUUCAUUUAAAAUCUGAGUGUGACAAAGCAUUUCAGCAAACACAGAUAAGUGGCUAUUACAGAUGAAUCCCAAAGGUCUUUGCUUGAUAUGUGGCAAAACUGUUCUGCCUUUGUCCAUUGCAAUUAAAAAUAUAUGAAGAUA